AUGACGAACUUUACUGAGGAAGACCUGGACCAUUAUUUACAGAAUCAGGUGGAUCUCAGACACCGGCAGGUCGCUAAAUCUGUAGAGGAAGUGCAAAAAAUAGUCAAUGAACUAACUGCUGAGAUCAGUUCAAAGGAUACCCGCUUCAGUUCCAUUGCCAACACAGGAGUUCACUGUAACAGCUUCAAAGAUCAGCCUGCUCUAGCGUUAAAAUGGGCUGCAUUACUUCAAGGAAGGGGUACUUACAAUCCUUCCAUUCAGGUGCUGACCCCCACUCUGUUCCUGAUAUCCGUGCCAAUACGUGGUCUUACAGGUUAUAAGGAGAGACGAGCUCAUCAGUGGCGGUAUUACACACUGAGUGGUUCACAGCUUCUUUCACCAGUCCGAGAACCAGAGAAGCUGCAUCAGUGGUUGGAACUGGAAAGCUUCACUAACCCCAUUCAGGAGUGGCAUGAUGCCCAUGUGGCCAUCGAAGGUGAUCUUGUGCCCUCCAAAGUAGUCAGUGUCUUCAAGGAGCAGGUAGAAGCAGCUAUUAAGACCUGUGGGCUGACAGAAAAAUUGAGCAUGCAGGAGUCACUGGGCUCAGUAGUGCGUGUGGCGGUAGAGAUAUCAGAAGUACAGAUAGAAGUGGAGCUGGUGCCCACAGUUGAGGUGAUGAACUGCUGGCCUAAGAGAGCCCGCUGGCCUCGUCUUCUACAGAGGUGGCCUUCUAAAGAGUGUGCUCGCUGUAUUAAGUCUUUUGGUUUCAACCUUAUGGCUACUUCUAAUUACCACUGGCUGCUGUCGUUCUCACGGGCAGAGCAGGUGCUGCUGGCUGGUAUAGAUGAAGAUGGCGGCUGUAGGAGGAAGUGUUACAGGGUGGUUCGACAGCUGAAGGAGGAUGUAUGGUGUCCAGGGAGCAAACCUGUCAUCACUACCCACCAUUUACAAACUCUGCUGUUCUGGACGUGUGAGAAAUACCCUAGCACCAGGGAUUGGUGCAACUUACGAGAGUGUGUGCUGCGUCUUGUGCAGAAGCUGCAUAAAUGUGUGUCGCAGCGCUACCUCAGACACUACUUUGUAUGCACCUACAACCUGCUGAAGUACACCAACACGAACGAGCUAGAUGACAUGGCCAAGAAGAUCUCAGAGUUCCUCAGCAAUCCAAGCACCUAUAUUCAUUAGGAGCUCUUUUAACUUUUUAUAGCAUUCGAUUAUUUGAAUAAUGUGUAAUGUGGCAUUACUAGCUUGGCACAUAAUAGAAAUACAUUGAUGUGCAGU